AUGCAUGUGACGGGUCUUGAGUGCAGAACCGUGCCAAGACAUUCGAAGGCCAAGCUGGCGGACUCCGCCAAUGGAACCCCGAAGAUCACCAGUUUCUCUAAUGGGGCGGGAGGGUUCGGGGCGGCGCUGGCUGCCAACGGGGGCCGAGCGUCGGUCAAGCCGCCGUCGCCCUGCAUUCCGGUGCCCCACAAGGAUAAGGUCUGGGAGGGCAUCGGCAGCACCAGCAGCCGGCGAGCAAGCCCGGCACAGUCGGCGACAGGCUCGACGAUCUCCACCGGCAGCGGUACCCUAAGCUUCUCCCCGAGCGCCGCGGAAGCGCUGGCGGAGUGCGAGGCGCGGACCGCCCGAAGAGACAAGCGCCGGAGGCGACCGUCCGACUGGGCGGCGCACUUGAUGGGGCUAGACAGGGGGGGCGGGAGAGACGGGGCGGGGGGCGGGGGGUCUACGAAGACCACGCCCGUGGAUGGGAGGACCCCGGUGGACGGGCGCACGCCGGUGCGAUCAUCGGUGAAGAGUACUCCGCGAACCCCGCCGUUGCUGGGCGUCCCCGCCGCCGCUCCCGGCACCGCGCCGCCCGCGGCGGCGACGGCGGUGUCGUAUUCUCCGACCCCGGUUUCCAACGGAAGCGGAGGGACGACGCCCGUGGCCGCCGGUGGCGGCGGUGGCGGCGGCGGGAGGGGGGGGGAGCCGCUGAGGAGGGCGCCGGGGAGGAUCCUCCGUAUACGAGUAGCGUGCGGGGGG